AUGCCAAAAUACGUACGGCGUCAACCUCUGGUGGAGCGCAUCAAGGCCUAUCUCAACCCCUAUGAUUUCCUCUUGUGGCUCUCUGAAGAGAUCGAAUCCAAUGGUUGGGAUCAACUAGAGAAGGAAUGGGCUAUCCCUAUUGGCAUUGUGCUUAAUUUGGUCUUCCUCAUCGCCCGAGCCAAUGCGGAAUCGAAACAAGUGUACGAUGAUGUCUUUGCCGAUGUUCCCGGUGCUGCGUGGUCGUCGUGGCUGGCGGCUUUCACCGUCCACUUGCUCACGUUGAUCUCAGUUGUCAAUGCGUUCUACACUUUCUUUCGGAAGAAACACUACAGAUUGUUCGAGAGCUCAGUAGACGUCGUGCCUAGUACUCCCUCCGCCAAACGCGUUCGUGUCGACUCAUCUCCAGUCUCAUCCUCCCCUCUCCGAUUUCUCUCAAAUCUCCUGGGAACAGAAACUGCACAAUCCAGAGCACACCCAGACGCGACCAGAGAUGUGUGGGAAGUUGCCGUCUGGGACCCUCUUCCAGUGUCACUGCGGUUAUUCUGCUAUUUCAGUCCUGGCCAUGUCCUCAUUUACUGGCUUUUCCUCCCUACAUCCCAAUCAGAUCCCCGGCCCAGCGUUACCAUUGUCAAAACCAUCUUCUUAGUCGUACUGGCCACAGUUCAGCUAUCAUUGCUCCAGUCCAGCUAUUCCACCCAGACCAAGGAUACAGCCUAUAUCUCCAAGGAAGUUCUCCAUGAAUAUGACACAAAAUACGUCAGGCCGAGGACACAACCUUUGUACAGAGAGGUGGGCACACAGUUCAGUGAGCAAGCCUCAUACAACUCAACACGAGACGAUCAGUACAACAAAGUGGACACAUACACUCCAAUGUUUGUCAUUAACCGUGGCUUCAAAACCAACUCAAAUCCAAGUUAUUCUCAGCAUACGGACCCAGAUGGCCUAGCCCAAGAAAGCAAUCUUCGUCAGCGUUUCGCAACUCCAGACGUCCGAAGCCCAGCACAACGGUCUGAAGUUGGCUCGGUCGUACGCCCUCUAGCUGCUAUUCGCCAACCAAACUUCCGGCCAACCUCUUCAGGUGGCGAAGGUGGCAGUCUAGGUGUUUUCUCACACGCAGCUUCUCCUCUGCGGAAGAGUGCUUCUACCAACUUCAGUAGCAGGAAUCCAAAUGCACACUUUAGAGAACGGGCCACUUUAAGCCCAGAGAAGCGGCCACCUAGUCCUGAAAAGCGGAUGAGUGUGCCGGCAGGCGGGAUGAACACCCUCGCUGCUUCUCAACGAUGGGGUCAUCUUCAGCCAGACCGCCAAAGAAGGGAAAGUGGUCGGUUCUAG